AAUGUGACGAUUUGGCAUCUAUCAAACCACCAAGAUAAUAUUAGCAGCUCGUUAGAUAAUUGGCCGAUUGAGGAUAUUGAUAGGUUCCGGUUUUCUUUCUGUUGCAUGUAUAAUGUUGAAAUCGUAGCCUCAGCAAUGUUCGUUACACCGACUCAUCAACUGCACCGUAUAUAUCAUCUAAAGUGGUAUAAAAUCCAUCUAUCUUCUUCGAAAUUGAACGUCAUUUUUGAAUAUUCUUGUGGAGAAAUAUGGACCCAGUCUCAGCCUUGGGAGUCGCGGCAGCUGCAAUACAGUUCAUUGAUUACGGCACGGGACUGGCUUUGAAAGGAAGAGAGAUUUAUAAGUCCGGAGAGCUUGGGGCUAAUGUUGAACUUGGGGAGGCGACAAAUCGCUUGCAAAACUUGGUUGAGCCUUUAAGGAGCUCACUUCAUCUAGGAAUUCAAAACGCACCUUCAGCUUCACCAGCGGAUGCCGAUCGAGCUCUCAAAGAUAUAUGCACUAAAUGCAUCGACUUGUCCGAGGAACUUAGCGUUCUUCUUGACUCCCUAAAGCUUAAUCUAAGUGUUAAGCAUCCCAGGCUAGCAAGCUUCCAACAAGCAGUCAGGGCAGUUUGGAAUGAGGAAAAGAUACAAGGGUUAAAAAUUCGUUUGGGUGAUUUGCGUAGCAAUCUCGAGACACAUGUUCUUGUUGACUUGAGAUAUCGAAUGAUCCAAGUCAACCUCGAACAGGAAAACAAUUUCAAAACGCUUGAUAAAGCAUUGCAAGUAAUAAUACAAGACCUUCUAGACAAUCACCAGAGUAAUUUAACCAAGUUUGAGCAAAACUUCAAUCAUUUGAGGUUGUCGCAGGAGAAAGAGCAUUCGCAUACUCGCAGUGUGCUUGUCGAUCAGCACGCAUCGAGGCAUCGGCGCCAGACAGAAUUAAGUAUCCUUGAAAGUCUCAAAUUUUCAUCGAUGAAUCUUCGGCAUGAGACGAUUGCCGAAGUACAUCAGCAAACUUUUGAGUGGAUAUUUUGCGAUCCCAAAAUCGAACACAAACCUUGGAGCAAUUUCAGCGAAUGGUUGAAAAGCGAGAAUGGCAUCUACUGGAUUCAUGGCAAACCUGGAUCCGGAAAGUCAACCUUGACGAAAUUCAUAGUUGACGAUCCUCGAUCUAGUGACUACGCAGAAACAUGGGCACAUAAGUUUCCCCUGGAGACACCAUCUUUUUUCUUCUGGAACAGUGGGGACGAAGCUCAAAGAUCGCAAUCUGGCCUACUUCGAAGUCUACUUUACGAGAUUCUUGGAAAACAUUGCAAUCUUAUGCCCGAAGUGUUCCCCAAGGAAUGGAAGACUAUAUUUCAGAAUACCUUGCAUGAUGUUCCCACUAAAGCAAUAUACUGGUCACUACCUGCACUGAAAAAGUCAUUCCGGACAUUGAUCGAGAAAACGUCGGGAAUACUGUCAUUUUGCUUCUUCAUUGAUGGUUUGGAUGAAUAUGAAGGAGAUCAUUGGGAUAUUGCAGAAUACUUUUACGAACUAUCCAAAUCGAAACACGCAAAAUUUUGCUUAUCCAGCCGGCCCGAGAUUGGAUUUUUGGAUACAUUCGGAAGCAUGCCACAACUAAAGCUCCAUGACCUAACGUUUUCUGACAUUACAGUCUACGUUCGAAAUAGAUUGGGGAACAACUUACAAAUGCGACUUUUGAUGAAUAACAGUCCGUCGGAUGCGUCGGCUCUGAUCACCGAAGUCGUGGAUGACGGGAAUGGUGUGUUCUUGUGGGUGAGACUAGUCGUAAAUUCUUUACUGGAUGGCCUCCGAAAAAGGGAUGAUAUUUCAACGCUCCGAUUUCGCCUACGAGAGACCCCAAAAGAGAUUGAUGACUUAUAUGACCGUAUUCUAUCAUCUAUUGAUCGAAUACACAUGGUAGAGGCCUCAAAAAUAUUUCAACUGAGAGAAAGUGUAAUUCUACUUUUGUCACAGAACGGAUCUCUAGAGUUGUAUGCUGCCUACAAAUUGAGCUUUAAGUCUUUCAACCAAGCUAUACUUGCAGAUGAAACAUCUUCCUGCUCUCACCAAAUAUUCCCCAAUGAUUACGCGGAGAGUUUUGCCCAUGUGUUACGUACCCGGUGUGGAGGACUUUUGGAAUUGGCCGAGAGCACAGACAGCAUUAGUUAUAUUCACAGAAGCGCUCGGGAAUACAUACAAAAGCCCAAGACAUGGGAAAUGCUCCUUACUUAUACAUCAUACCUGGAAUUCGAUUCUUGGUUCACAUGGUCAACUGUACACUUGCAGCGGAUUAAGGGGUUUACGAAUUAUGAUUUGUUUCUAUCGACAGACAAAUUAAGAAUUGGACAUGUUUGGAACGUCUUCAUCUCGUGCAUAGUAAGAAUUGCUUGCACCAAAGCCAAAGGUCAUAUCCCCCAAUUGGUUGAGGAGUUUGAUAGAGCCGCUCAGCGGUACUCAGAUUUUUAUAUACCAUCUACUAAUCAGCUGGAACAUUGGUAUAAGUCUCGAUAUAAAUCUACUCCUAUUGAUCGUGAUAAUGUUAAUUGUACCACCUAUGAUGAACGUUGUCCUGAUCAAGAUGUCUCCAAGGGUGACAGGGCGGAUUUAUGGAGUACGAUGCACUUACUUUCGGUAUGUGUUGAAGAAAUUGUAUCUCCUUAUGUUGAGAUGAAGAUAAUAUCAGACCCGUCUUUGAUACUACUGAAAUAUGAUCCUCCUCUGAUAGCAUCCUGCUUUCGUUAUCUUAUAGAUGGAUCUAAAUCAAGCUGGCCCAGAUUGAGAUUACUGAUAUUUCUGUUGGAAAACAACGCAAAUUUUAAUGAGAUAUAUCACGGUCACAGUUUUUGGAAAAUAUUUCUUCACGGUAAUCAUACCCAAUAUUCUGAUCUUGGGUAUCAUGGGGCUCUUAAUGAUAUUUUUCGGGCAAUAGAAAUCAUGCUCCAGCGCGGAGCCGACGUUGAAGUGUGUUGUAUUGAAGAAAAGGUGACAUGGUAUGAAAUGUUUCCCGGUCAUCGCGAACAUCGUUAUGAAGAUUUAGUACAACACUGCAAACAGCCGCUUCAAUGCAAGGCUGUUGUUGACAUCGGUCCAAGCGAUCCGAGCGACGACAGCGCAAGCUGUGUCGGCGAAAACUACAACGAGCCAUGGGAAGCACGACAUUCCUUGGAACGGAUCAUCAAGGACAUAUUUGAAACGUAUUAUCCAGACCUUGCAGCGAAGCUACUAAGCCUAGUUGCGGAAAAGAAGGCUGAGAAACUAGCCAUUGAGAAGCAGAGUCAAAAUCAAACACCUGGCUCAUCUGGCGGGAAUAGAGGACGAAAGCAAAAGCAGAGAAACAGGAAGAAAGGCAAAGGAAAGCGUGGUCAGAUUGCUUUGACAGACGAUUCUGAUUACUGAAAGGUUCGGAAGAAAAGGUGGCCUUAAUGGAUCGCUCUGAUAUAUUCCGAACGGACUGGAUGAAUAUAUAUAUUGUGGAAAAUAAGGAACAAUCACUCUCAUAAAUUGCUGUGCUUCUCAGUUCCUUGGAGAUGUUACAAAGAAUCUUUCUUGAACUUCGAUCCAAAGUUUGAGGUACUUCUACUCGUGGACAAAGGGGUAUUGGUUUGAUAGUUUGAAAAGAUUUAUGUUUUAAUGUCGUAAAAGCUCAGGGUUUUGAUGCUAUUCUGCGGCGCAAUGAUCGAGUUUGUGUUGUGGACAUGCCAAUACCGUAAAAUUUAAUCAAUUUCUCAUGAUUCCUGAAAUAUAUUGCUUAAAUCAAGAUGUUGAUGAUCCAGUGAUCCAGCCUAACAUUGCUAGAAUAUUACUUCACGUGGCACACACUCAAAAAAUACACUUCUCUUUUCGCAAUGUAACUAAGG